AUGGUAGAAAACAAGCAACAAGCGGGCGGAAUUCCAAAGCCACGGAAGCGCUUCGGCGUCCCUGCAGCUGGCAUCGCAAACCAGAUACCAGACGAUAUCCUGUCAGAUGGACUGCUCAACCAGGCAGUCAAGCAAUUGCCUUCAAACUAUUCGUUCGAGAUACACAAAACGAUACAUCACGUCCGGAAGAACAAGGCGAAGGCAGUAGCUCUUCAGAUGCCGGAGGGCCUGCAGAUGUUCGCCUGUACUAUUGCGGACAUCAUCGAACGGUUUACCGACGCAUCAACGGUCAUCAUGGGUGAUGUCACAUACGGUGCAUGCUGUAUCGAUGAUUAUACCGCCGUUGCCUUGGGUUGCGACAUGCUCGUCCAUUACGGACACAGUUGUCUCGUACCGAUUGACCAAACCACGAUAAAGACGCUCUAUGUAUUCGUGGAGAUAGGCAUCGACUCCGCCCACCUGGCAGAAACUGUGCGCUUAAACUUACCCAGCCACCGGGAGACCUUUUACAAGCAGCUACUCAACACCGAAGGGUCCAAUGUACAAACACCUGCCAGCGCGGAUACUGGUGGGAACUUUCACCUUCGCAUAGAGUAUCCGGAGCCCCCAGCUGGGGACUCCGAUCCGCGACAGGAACCAGAAGCCCGUGAUGGGCAUGAAGUGCCAACGCGACUGACGUUGGUCUCGACCAUUCAAUUUGUUGCGGCCUUACAAAAGCUCAAGGAAGACCUCACGUUGGAACAUCGUGAACCCUCCAUGUCAGCGUCAGUCAAUGACACUGGGACUCCAGUGAUUCAAUCCGACGACACGCAGGCAGUCCGGAGGUUCCGACCGUGGUCCGGAAGAUACGACGCAGUAAUACCACGUUCGAAGCCAUUGUCUCCAGGGGAGAUUCUGGGUUGUACCGCUCCAUCCCUGAGUGACGUUGACGCUCUUGUGUAUCUUGGCGAUGGCCGUUUUCAUCUCGAGUCCAUCAUGAUUGCCAAUCCAACCGUCCCUGCUUUCCGAUAUGAUCCGUACUUCAAGAAACUAACUCGGGAGCACUAUAGUCACGAUGAAAUGCGUGAUGUACGGGAUCAGGCAGUCCGAAAUGCUCGCCAGAGCACCUUGGCCUUUUCCUCUGACAUGAAUGAGACUGAGUCGUCGCUAGACAUACCUAUCUGGGGGGUCAUACUAGGCACGCUAGGUCGGCAGGGCAGCUUCAAACAGUUGCAGGCCAUCAAGCAUCAGCUUACUUCCUCGACUGUUCCCAUACCCCACGUUCCAAUUCUCCUAUCCGAAUUGUCUCCAGCGAAGCUUGCGUUAUUUGAACCUCAUAUUUCAACGUUCGUGCAAACAUCUUGUCCGCGCUUGUCCAUUGAUUGGGGAUAUGCGUUUGUUCGACCACUGUUGAGCCCCUAUGAAGCAUGUGUGGCAUUGGGACAGAGAAGGGGCUGGAUGGACGAGUCGAGAGAUGGUCAAGCGUUGAAAGGGACAUACCCGAUGGAUUUCUACGCGGCUGGCAGUCCUUGGGCUACUGCGAGGAUGAAGGCUUCAUUUAUCGAGGCACUCUGAGAGUCUUCCCUUGAUCCUUUACACUUACAGUAAGAGCAUUGGAUGCCCUCAAGCUCACAGGCCUAAUGUCCAGACAAGGUAGUGUGUAUUUGCGCUGAAUACAGUGUAAUGUCUACUACAUUAAACACUACGUUACU